GACAGCCGACCGCCGCCACUCACGUGACGUAGCUACGAGGUGACGUCAGAGAAAGAGAAGAUGGCGGCUGUGCUGAAGGCGGAAGUGGGGCAGUGCGGGCGGCCGUGCGUUGUGUGAGACUCAUCCAUCCUGCAUGGACUCGUCGCCAUGAGCAACAAGGAGAUGGUUUCCACGGAGACAGAGAAUAAAGGACAGAGGAAGGUGUUUCUUCCUAACAAGCUGUUGGAGUGUCUCCCUCGCUCGUCCAGUCUGCCUAACGAGCGGCUCAGGUGGAAUACUAACGAGGAAAUCGCUUCUUACCUGAUAUCAUUUGACAGACAUGAUGAGUGGCUCUCCUGCACCCUGAAGACCAGGCCGAAGAACGGCAGCAUCAUCCUCUACAACAGGAAGAAGGUGAAGUACAGGAAGGACGGAUACUGCUGGAAGAAGCGGAAGGAUGGGAAAACGACGAGAGAGGACCACAUGAAGCUGAAGGUCCAGGGCAUGGAGUGCCUGUACGGCUGCUACGUCCAUUCCUCCAUAGUGCCAACAUUCCACAGACGAUGCUACUGGCUGCUGCAGAACCCAGACAUCGUGCUGGUCCACUAUCUGAAUGUGCCGUCCCUGGAGGAUUCUGGGAAAUGCAGUCCGCUGCUGUGUGCCGUGUCAGACCGCCAUGACAGCGUGAGGUGGAGCCGAGACGACCUGCUGAACCAGCUGAAGCCCAUGUUCCACAGUAUGAAGUGCUCGCUGGGUUCGGGUGAUUUCAGCAUCGAGGAGUUGGUUCAGCACAUUCUGGACCGACAGAGAACCAAACCGCAGCCGCGCACACACACCUGCCUCUGUAACACCGCCCAGGUAUCUUCAGGAGUGAACAUUCCUCACCGCUGCAACAGCACCAAGCAUCGCAUCAUCUCCCCCAAACUGCCCCCCUCCUCCUGCAGACCCUCCCCCUCCCCGCUCUCCUCUGAGGCGGGGGAGGUCGGGAGAGGAGGAGGAGGAGGAGGGGGGGGGGGGAGGAGGAGGGGGAGGAGGAGAUGCCAAACUGCCCCACCUGCAGGCUCAGAGCAGCCCCGUCUCAUCUCCCUGCCCCCCCUCCACCCUCACAGAGCCACCAUCACCAUGGGUAACCACGGCAACGGCUUCUACGGAGACCGCCGCGGCAACCUGACGACGGUGGCGCUGCCCCAGAACGCGCCCACCUCCUCCGUGGCCCCGCCCCUCCUCCCCCUCUGCCUGGAGCUGGGCGCUCUGGGGGAGUCGGAGGGGGGGAGGGGGGUGGAGGAGGCGGGGGGAGAGGAAGAGGAGGCGAAGGACAGGAGAGGUAGUGAUGAUGAUGAUGAUGAUGAUAAUGAUGAAGGCAGCGCUCCUCCCACCAAGCUGGCCCUGCUGCAGCCGAGCCACGCCCCCUCCUCCUGCUCGUCACCACGGCAACAGACAGGAAGCAGCGCCGCGUCGCUGCUCCUGGUUUGCCAAGACUCAGCGGCGGUGAGCCAGCCCGCUCAGCCGGCCAAUCAGACGCAGCGGCAGCCCAACGGACAGCAGCCGUUGGUCCUGGGGAGGCCCUACAAUCACUUGCCCGAAGCUCCGCCCCCGCCUCAGCUGUCCCAUCAGCCCCUGGUGCUGCAGCAGAGUCAGCCGCCGCUGUUCGCCAACCCCAACGUGGCCGACGCCAGCGUCAGCCCGGCGGACGUCACCAUGGCGCCCGCUCACCUGGCGACGCCCUCGGUCCAGGUGAAGGAGGAGAGCAGGCGGGGCUACGAGUCGGAGGACACCUGCAUGGACACGCAGCUGGAGGCGGAGCCCUGCGAGCGAGGAGGGGAGGAGCUGGACAUCUGCUUCGACAGCCAGUUCCCCGACCUCAUCUCCGACCUCAUCACGGAGGAGGCCAAUCCCGUCGCGUCUCACCCCGUCGCCGUCGUCCCCGCCGGUCCCAACCCGACCAUCUUCCCGGCGGGGAUCCGCUACAUGGUGCCGCCCCAGCCCUCCCCCUCCUCCUCCUUCCUCCCCUUCCCUCACCCGCUGCCCUCCUCGUCAGGCCUCGCCUCCAUCACCGACUUCUCCCCGGAGUGGUCCUACCCCGAGGGUGGGGUGAAGGUAUUGAUCACAGGACCAUGGAGUGAGCUGUCGGGUCGAUACUCGUGUGUGUUUGAUCAAAGCUCCGUCCCUGCGUCACUGAUCCAGCCGGGAGUCCUGCGCUGCUACUGUCCUGCCCAUGAGGCCGGUCUGGUGUGUCUGCAGGUUCUGGAGUCCGGAGGUUCUGUUUCCUCGUCGGUCCUGUUCGAGUACCGAGCGAGGAACGCCAGCUCGCUGCCCAGCUCUCAGCUCGACUGGCUCUCAUUGGACGAUAACCAGUUCAGGAUGUCCAUUCUGGAGCGUCUGGAGCAGAUGGAGCGCAGGAUGGCGGAGAUGGCCGCCCGCGACGUCAACCAGCAGCAGCAACAACAUCAUCAUCAUCAGCAUCAUCAGCAUCAGCAGCACGGCAGCCAGCUGGCCACGCCCCCUCCGCCGAGCCUACCUGAGGACCACGAACAGUCCUCACAGUGGUUCGAGAGGAGGAUUGUGGGAGUGUGUGAGCGCAUGAUGAGAGGAGGUCGAUGGAGUGGAGGAGGAGGAGGAGGAGGAGGAGAGAGGCUUCAUCACUCCGUCCGUCACCGUGGGAUGACACUGCUGCACCUGGCUGCUGCACAGGGAUACACACACCUGAUACACACUCUGAUCCACUGGAGGACUGUGAACAGCGACAGUUUGGAUCUUGAACAGGAAGUUGAUCCUCUGAAUGUCGACCACUUCUCCUGCACCCCGCUGAUGUGGGCGUGUGCUCUGGGCCACCAGAGGGCAGCAGAGCUUCUGUACGGCUGGAACAGUCUGGCUCUGGGGAUCCCUGAUUCGCUGGGCCGCCUGCCGCUCGCCGUGGCUCGCUCUCGAGGACACACCCGCCUCGCCACGGCGCUGGAGGAGCUGCACACACACAUGCACAUGACGCCGAGAGACACACACACGCCUCCGGCAGACACGCACACACCGGCCACGCCGCAGCCACAGCUGCCCCUGUCUCCGCUGUCCACCAGCCCCGACACAGGUCUGAGCUCUUCCAGCAGCCUCCCCUCCCCCAGCGACCCCUCCUCGCCCUCCCCCAGCUCCGCCUACUCCAGUGGCCCCGCCCCCAUGGACACCUCCCCCUCAUCCCCUUCAUCUCCUUCCUCCUCCUCUUCACUGCCCGUCUCCCCUCCCUCCCCCUCCUCCCUCCCUCUCUCCUCACUCCCUCUCCUGUCCAUGUGGGGGGAGGAGCCAAACGUCAGCACAGGUUUGAACCCCGGCGCUUCCAGAGACUCUCACCUGUACCUGAUGGACUACGAGAGCGCGUGCCCCGCCUCCCCCGGCCACACACACACUUACGCACACGCGAUGGACGGGCGGCGGCGGUCCCACGCGGCGGCCACGCUGGAGGAGCAGCUGCUGAGCUACAGCGAGAACGCCGAGAACGAAGGCGAGGAGGAGGAGUACCUGGAGGAGGAGGUGCUGCAGGUUGACAUGGCGACCCUGGCGGAGCAGAUCAUCGAGGCGACCCCGGAGCGAAUCAAACAGGAGGACUUCCCCAGGGGGGCGGAGUCACCACUCAGAGAGAGGCGGGACAAUCCGGCCAUACAGGACACCUGGCUGGCGACAUAUUUGGACACAGUUGACGCCCACACACACUCCCCGCCCAGGCGGGUGUGUCCCCCCUCGCCCCUCAGCGCACUGGCGCUCCAGAGGCUCCGCCCCCCCUCCUCUGCGGCAUGGGCGGAGUUCCUGAACGCCUCGGCCAAUGGGAAGAUGGAGAGAGACUUCGCCCUGCUGACGCUAACAGACGGCGAGCAGAGGGAGCUGUACGAGGCGGCCAGGAUCAUCCAGAACGCCUUCAGGAGAUACAAGGGUCGGAGGUUAAAGGAACAGCAGGACAUGGCUGCAGCCGUCAUACAGAGGUGUUACAGGAAGUACAAACAGUACGCUCUCUAUAAGAAGAUGACCCAGGCGGCCAUCUUGAUCCAGUCCAAGUUCCGCUCGUACUACGAGCAGAAGCGUUUCCAGCAGAGCCGGCGGGCGGCCGUCCUCAUCCAGCAGUACUACCGCAGCUACAAGGAGUACGAGAGGCUCAAACAGGCGCCGCGCGGCGCCUCCAGCCACAACCCCAAGAUCAAGGGAUCGUUCUUGACGAAGAAACAGGACCAGGCAGCCAGAAAGAUCAUGAGGUUUCUGAGACGCUGCAGACACAGGAUUAAGGAGCUGAAGCAGACCAGGGAGCUGGAGAGGAGGGGACUCACCACUUAAACCCUUUCAUCCCUUCUUUCAUCUCCUGGAGGAGGAAAUCACACAUGAGAGGAGGAGAGACAUGACGGGAAAAAGAGAUUUUUUAAAUCUUGUCAUCGUUUAGCAAGUUUACUAAAGAGACAGAAACAAAACCAAGAAAUGCAAAGACUGAUGGAGAGAAGGACAGAGUGACGGAGACAUGCCUUACCCAACGCCAACUCUUCUUCUUUUCCUCUGCAUCCUUUUGCUUUAUCUAUCUAUCUAUCUAUCUAUCUAUCUAUCUAUCUAUCUGUCUAU